AGUGGAGUUAUGUGCAUAGCCAUUCACUUCAAAUGUAAACAACCAACAUCGUGCGUCAUUUACGAGUUCUCUAUCACUCGACUGUAGUCCAUUAAGUAGCACGUGUCAGUUUGAUUCAGAAGUAUAUAAGGCGAAGAGAUGCAUAUCACAUUAUCAUUCGAUAAAUUAUUCAAACAUCGAAUCUAACACCAUGAACAGAACAUCUUACAAACAUAUAUUCACCGAAUCAAGAACUAGACAGAAUUUCGCCAAAGAAUGUGAAGAUGCAAUCAAUAAACAAAUCAAUGUGGAACUACAGGCUGCUUAUGAUUAUAUGGCAUUCUUCACUUAUUUCGAUCGAGAUGAUGUGUCAUUUCCGAAAGCAGCUGAAUUCUUUCGAAAAGCUUCACAUGAAGAACGUGAACAUGCAGAGAAAUUGGCCAAAUAUCAGAACAAACGUGGUGGUCGUGUUCAAUACAGUGAUAUCAAGUGUCCAACUAAGACAGAAUUCAGUGGAUUGGAGGAUGCGAUGAACACUGCAUUGUCGAUGGAGAAGGCAGUGAAUGAGUCAUUAUUGAAACUUCAUGAAAUCGCUGUGAAGAACAAUGAUCCAGCACUGACUGAUUUCAUUGAGAGUCAGUAUUUGCAUGAACAAGAAGAUGCAAUCAAACAAUUUGCUGACUAUGUGACAGAGACAGAUCGAGUUGGAAGUGGACUUGGUCAAUAUUUAUUCGACAAGAUCACACUGAAAGAAUAAACACGACUUCAGUUGAACUGUUUAUUCAUUGUUAUGUCGUUCAUGUAUUUCUCUGUAUUGUUGUUAUUAUCAUUAAAUGAGUGAUUCUCACUACUUUCUCACUAGGUUUCUUAUUGUCAUUGAAAAUGUGAUGAACUCGGAAGUGGACAACCCGUUUGAAGUAGUAACUAAGUGAGUUAGUUGACUUUGAGGUUUCGGUGUGGGAAGUAUGUUAUAGACCGACCAAAUCAACGAGAUGAAUGGUAUUUGAUGUUUCUAUAUAGUAAGUGAAUAACGAUUAAUUGUGCUAUCCUAUGAGAUUAUACUAUACAGUUAUUUUCCAGAAUACAUUUGAAAGUAACCAUGUGGUAUUAGCUAACGUUGGGAAGUUGUUUAUUUUGUGACGGAUAUCGCAAUUCCAUAGUGCACAUAACGUGUUAGCUUUCUACACAUUGAAUGAAUCGAUAAUGCAUUAGUGAGCUUAGGAAUAUUUUGAAAUUUACAAGUUUUAUUUUUCACAGAUUACCACACAUUGAUGUUGUUGAAAACUACACACUACUGGAUAAUUGUUCCAUCCUAGUGAAGGAUUUCCUUGAAAUGUCA